AUGCCUCGCGCCGCUCUCGCGCUGCUCUGCGCGUGCACAUGCCAGGCCUGGCUGCGCCCGACGCCGACCAUGCGUCGCCCACUCACGCGCACCGUCGACGUCGCGCGCCGCGCGCAGCCCAACGCCGACGCCGACGCGAGCGCUCCCAUGAGCGACGGCCGGCGCACGGCCCUGCUCGCGUCGCUCGUCGCCGUCUACACGUCGAACCAGUGGUGCCGGAGCCUCCUCUUCUCCACCGUCGACUUCGGGAGCGACGACGGCGUCCGGUUCGUCAACGCGGCGCUCGGCCUCUCGCGGUCCGACUACGCGAUUCUGGGCACGCUGGCGUUCAACGUGCUCUUCGGCGGCUGCUCGCUCGCCGCGGGCGCCGUCGUCGACCGCGCCGACGCGGCGAAGCUCACGUGGCUGAGCUGCGGCGUCUGGUCCCUGGCGACGGUCGCCAGCGGGUCCUGCGAGUCCUUUGCGCAGCUCGCGCUCUGCCGCGCGGCGCAGGGCGUCGCGAUGGCGGCGACGGCGCCCGCGGGCUACGCCCUGAUCGGCCGGGCCUUCCCCCCGGACAAACUGGCGACGGCGACGUCGCGCUACGCGGCGGCGGUGAGCGUCGGGGGGGCGCUCGCGUCCGCGUCCGUGCUUUUGGACGACGCGCUGGGCUGGCGCCGGACCUUCGAGGUCGUCGGCGCCGCGGGCCUGGCCGUCGCCGCCGCGGCGGCGGUCGCGCUGCCCGGCGAGCGCGUCGGCACGAGCGCGGCGACCGGGAGCACGGCGGCGGGCGGCGGCGGCUUCGGGGACCUGCUCGCGUCGCCGGCGACGCUCUUGCUGCUCGCGGCGACGGCCGCGCGGUUCUGCGCGGGCUUCACCAUCGCCGUCUGGGCGCUGCCCUGCCUGCGGUCGGCCUUCCCCGCGCGCGCCGCGGACCUGGGCCUGGGCUACGCCUUCGUCGUCGGCGGCGCGGGCUUCGCGUCGGCUUUGCUCGGCGGCGCGGCGGCCGACGCUUUGGCGGCGCGCGCGCCGCCGGGCCGCGAGAAGGCCGCGCGGGCGCUCGUGCCCGUCGUCGGGUCGCUGCUCGCCGCGCCGCUCUGGGUCGCGGCGCUGCUCCGGGCGCCGACCUUCGAGUGGGCCGUCGGGCUCCUGGCCUUGGAGUUCCUCGCCGCGGAGUGCUGGAUCGGCCCGACGACCGCGCUCAUCCAGGCCGAGGUCGCGCCGCGGUCCCGGGGCCUGGCCCAGGGCACCUUCACGUCCCUGACGCUCCUCGGGUCCCUGGCGCCGCUCGCGGCGGGCAAAGCGCUCGACGCGGACGCGACGCUCGACGCGGGCGUCCUCGUGUCCGCGGUCGUCGCGGGCGCCUACGUCGUCUCCGCGCUGCUCUUCCUCGGGGCCGCGGCCGCGCUGGACACGGAACCUAAGACGGCGCUCGGCGCCGGCUUCGGCACGGACGUGCGCAAGGCCAAGAAGGGCGGGAAGAAGUCGCGCAGCUCGGCCGCGGGCCUGACGACGGACAACGGCUGGGUGCCGCUCGUCGAGCUCGAGUGCUCGCUCGAGGCGGGCGAGGCGCGCGCGGUCGGCCGGUCGAUCACGGGCAAGCCCUACCUCGUGCGGCGGAAGCAGGACGGCGACGUCGUCGCCACGUCCUGCGAGUGCGGCCGCUGCGAGUACCCGCUCACGAAGAGCGAGACCCAGGUCGUCGACGGCGUCGAACAGGUGCUAUGCGAGAUGUGCGGCGCCGCAUACUCGCUCGACGACGGCGCGGGCGUCGCGUCGGAGGCCAAGGGCAACCCCCUCUUCGGCGCGCUCCUGCGGAACAAGCCGGACAAGCCGCUGAGCGUCUACCCGACCAAGGAGCUCGACGGCGGCGCGGUCUACGUCAACAUCACGCCCAAGUCCCGCAAGGCCGCGGCCAUCGACGCCAUGUAG